CUGUAAAAAAAAAAGCAGCAGAAGUUUAUUUAGUUGGGAUGAUUUGAAGUGAAGGGGUGAGUAUUGGCAAGAUUUCAUUCAAGUGAGCUUUAACAAGAUGCUGUUUUGCAUUUUGUUCUUUCAGAAGAGUGUUUUGAACAAGUGGUGCAUCAUAAUGCCUGUGUCAGUGUUCCCUUUUAGAAUGACAGUGACCUUGGUGACUUAAAACUGCUUUUUCUGAGAAGAAGCCGUAUGCACAUUAGUGGCUUAGGUGUUGACUCCUUGGAGCCCUUCAAACCAGCUGUUAGAUGUUCGUUUGCUUUAGGAGGAGCGCUUGGUGGACUGCUUGGUGCCUGGAUGACCAGUGGACAGUUCAAGCCAGUCCCUGAGAUUUUAAUGGAGCUACCUCCUGCCGAGCAGCAGAAACUCUGCAAUGAAGCCAUCGCAAUAGUCAGGAAUCUAGACUGGAUUGAUAUUUUUCAGCUGACUGUACUUGUCAUGGGAAGUGGUGACCUUAAGUUUCUGCUGGCAAGAGCUGUCGAAAGGUUCUUAGUCAGAGAGCUAAGUGCAGAGAUAAAGUAUGAAGAGUAAACCUUUUGGGGCCUGGUUUCUAGAUUUUGUUGAAUUUUACUUUGACAACUGUGAUUCUCUGAUGCAGCAAUUAGUAGGAUUAGGAUUGUCACUGUAGCUUUCAUUUCUCAUCUGAUUCUGAAUAUUCUGUUUCCAUUUAAAAAAAAAAUCCUAAAAA